UUUAUUUUUAAAUGUUUUGAAUUCUCAUUACAUAUGUGUCGAUUAUCGUCAAAUGCACAUAGAUCAUCAAGAUAAGAAUAAAUUUCAGAAUUUUAAGAAAGCUAUGAAGGGAAACAAAUAAUCCCAUCAAGAUUCAGGCACGCUUUGAAGAUUUUUGAACUUUUGAUAAGAAAGUCUCUCUUGUUUUAACUGUCAACCGUCAUAUUUGAGCGCAGCUACGACUGUUAACGAAUCGGUUCAGUAAAAUGUUCAAUUGUGCGCUGGGAUCUAUUGUGUAGACUAUAAACUAUGGAAUUUUACUUCACAUUGACUAAAAAGCUGAGCAAAUAUACCUGGAGCGUUCAGACUUUCAAGAUGAACGAACCAACUGGUGUCGGGCCAACAUUUGCUGAUGCAUGCGAUGAUGGCGAACUUAUCAGCAUUUGUUGUCUUUGUGGUAAAACGUUUUCCAGUCAGAGUCUUCUACACAAACAUUUUGAAUUGAUGCAUGAAGGUACGGAGAUAGAUACUGAACAGUAUGAUCUAAGUGGAUUUGCCGCUAUGGGGAAUGAACAAGGUCGUAAAAGUAAUGGUGAAGAAGAUGCAAAUUUCCGAGUUCUGAAUUGUGCGUUUUGCAACAAAGUAUUCACUAAACACUGUAAUUUAAACACACAUAUCAAAGCAGUUCAUAAAGGUGUAAAACCGUUUGAAUGCACUUAUUGUUAUAAAGGAUUCACUCGAAAUUCUGAUCUUCAUAAGCACAUCGACGCUGUUCACAAAGGUCUCAAGCCUUUCGGAUGUGAAGUAUGCCAGCGAAACUUCUCUCAGAAAUCCAGCCUAAAACGACACAUAGAAGCAAUUCACGAAGGUAUGAACUUUGACGACAUCACUUCUCCAGAAAGAAAAGGCUUUAAAUGAUGUUGAGGUCUGAGUUUAUUUGUAGUUAAAUUCAAAGAUAUAUCGUCAGAAAUCCCCCGGAUUUUAUCUUAAUUAGAUUUUAAAUUUAAAGAAUACACCAAAUUAUUUCUUUCCACCUCUGUUCUUGAUCAACAUUUACCAAAAAAUAUGCUGUCUUAAUUCUAGGGAUAUUUGAAAUUAAAGUUAAGCAAUUACAAAUUUUGAAUAAGAUUUCUGCUAAAUAAAUAAAUCCAUCAAUAUUAAAUCGCUUCAGUGUAUUCUUCCCAGAAUGUUCGUUGUUUAUGGCAUCCCUAAGCUUUAGUAUUCUGGCAAUCGGAAAGCAUGCAGAGUACAGAGGUAGUCAACUUAAUUAAUAGUCGAGUUCAUACUUCUACUAGGACUUGAACAUCAACACCAGUAUGAAGUAGAAGAUAUCUUCGAGUAAUUCUGCUAGUAUCGAAGUGCACGAACUACUAGGUCAAGGUUAGUUAAAAUCGCUUCGGUUUAUGAGAAUCAACUGUAAGUAGGAUCCCACAAUAGCAUUAUCAAAUUCGUGUGAUGUACCCUAUUUGAAUAGAUAACUACAUAGAAUUUUUACACUUAUGUAGACGCGAGAAUUUUGUGUACGAAGUUUUUAAUCAGUUUUACUGCUUUCUUUUAUAGAUCCUCGGCAUCGCUGAAGAGAAACCAGAUUGUAUAAUCCUCUCCAAUUUUCAUAUGAUUUCAUGUUCAAAAAUAUACAUUUAUUAUUCUUUCAAA